GCGAAGGUCGCCAAGGCAGGAACUGUACCAGCCCUGGAACCAAGUAGCCUGGACCCUUCUCCCAGGUGACAGCUGCCACCAUGGGGGCUCCGGCCCUCCUGUGGCUUUCCCUGCUGUUGCCAUCUCUCGUAGUGCUGUUUGAACAAUCUCCGGGGACCUUGGCCCAGGCCCAGGCCUGUGAGGCGAACCAGACCUUUUUUCAAAUUGAGGAGAACACGAAUGUUACUGGGCCGCUGGCAAGCAUUUUCGUCCCAGAAGGCCAGCAGGUGAUCCUGGGAUCCUCAUCCACUCCUUCCACCUUCAAGAUCGUGGAGAAUCAGCUGUUUCUCACCGUGAUUCCAGAUUAUGAGGAGAACUCACUACUGGAGGCAGUUCUGGAAUGUAGGAGAGGAAACACUGUGGUGUCACAGAGCAGUGUGUUUGUGGCUGUCCUGGAUGUCAACGACAACCCUCCAAUAUUCCCCUUUACAGUCAAGAACUAUAAUGUAACAGAGGAUACCAAAGUGGGUACAACCGUCAUUCCUGGGACAGAGCUGGAGGCCACAGAUGCCGACAAAGAUGACGUCCUGUUCUACACACUCCAAGAAGUGACCCCUGAUGCCAGCACCUUCUUCUCCCUGGUGAGUGUAAACUAUCCUUCUCUGAGGCUGGACCGGACCCUGAAUUUCUACAGGAAUCAAAACAUGACCUUCAAGCUGGUGGUACGGGAUACCUGGAAUGAGACUGCAAUCCCCAGCCACACAGCUACUGCCACCCUGGUCCUGACUGUGCUGCCAGCUGACCAGCGACCACCCUGGUUCCUGCCGUGCUCCUAUUUGGAUGACUACUACUGCGUCCAGGCCCAGUAUUAUGGGGUUGUCCCCACGGGACACAUACUGCCAUCCCCUGUCACCUUCAGUCCUGGUCCCAUCUAUGCUGUGGAUGGAGAUCAGGCCAUCAACCAGCCUAUCAUCUACAGCAUUGUGACAGGAAACACGGAUGACACAUUUAUCAUCAACGCAGACUCUGGCAACCUCACGAUGACCAAAAGUAUCCCCAGCCCCAUGAGCUUCACCCUGAUAGUCAGGGCUGAUCAGGCUGACAUGGGCCGCUACUCAGUGACUCAGGCAAUUGUGGUGGCUCGUAACGUCACUGAGAGCCCAGUCCAGUUCUCUCAGAGCCUGUAUCAUGGCACAGUGGCGCUUUAUUCUGGGCCUGGCACAACAGUGAAGAACAUGGCCUCCCCUUCGGAGAUCCUGAAGAUCCAGGCUCGCUACCUAGGCUUCCCGGGUCUCAACUCGGCCUUCACAUACCAAGUCACCAACUCCUCAGAGUUCAAGAUGCAGGAUGAUACCAUGCUGACCAACGUGGAGAUGAAGCAAACAGGAGUCUUCUAUGUGGAGGUAGAAGCUACCAAUACGGUGACUAAGGACACAGCCACCACUGUUGUUGAGAUCCGAGUGUCAGAGGUGCCCUCCACAGAGUCCCCCAAGCCCACAGGAGCUGGAGGAACAACUGGGCCUUCGAGUAACAGCACUUUGGAAACCCCCAUGACCUCUGGGACCUCUCAAGGACCUACCACAACCAGCUCCGGGGGAAGUGCUGGCCCAUUCCCACCCUCAGGCACAACUCUAAAUCCACCUGCCUCCUCGUCCAUACCUGGGGGGGUCCCUACUCUUGGAAUCAGCACUUCUCCCCAGACAGUCACUGCUGAUGGGAGCUCAACAAGGCCCCCCAAGCCAGGAACCUCUCAGCCAGUGGCCCCCAUUACAGGGGCCAGCACCUCCUCUCAGCCAGCCACACCCAGUGGGGGCUCAACACAGCCCCCCAAGCCAGGAACCUCUCAGCCAGUGGCCCCCAUUACAGGGGCCAGCACCUCCUCUCAGCCAGCCACACCCAGUGGGGGCUCAAUACAGCCCCCCAAGCCAGGAACCUCUCAGCCAGUGGCCCCCAUUACAGGGGCCAGCACCUCCUCUCAGCCAGCCACACCCAGUGGGGGCUCAACACAGCCCCCCAAGCCAGGAACCUCUCAGCCGACAGCCACUGGGCCCAUCAGGAGUCCCUCACCUUCAGAGCCACCAGGAGGAGGAGGAGCAGGAGGAGGUGAGCUGGGUGACGGCCAGAGGUUUUCCACGGUGGACAUGGCAGUUCUGGGCGGCGUGCUAGGUGCGCUGCUGUUGCUGGCCCUCAUCGGCCUGGUCAUCCUCAUCCAUAAGCACUACCGUCACCGGCUCAAAUGCUGCUCUGGCAAGGCUGCGGAGCCAAAGCCGAGUGGUUAUGACAACCUGACCUUCCUCCCAGAUGACAAGACCAGUUGGUCAACCGCUUCCAACCCUCAGCCAGAGCCAGGCCCUGAGCCCACCCAGCAGUCCCCUGGGUCCCAGAGCCCCAUGUCCCCCAGCCCCACGCCGCCCUCCAGCUCCCCGCCCCCGAGCCCAGAGCCCCGAGCCCCAGGGUCUCCUAAGACAGUGCAGGCUGGAGACGGUCCUUCAGCCGUGCGGUCCAUCCUGACUAAGGAGCGGCGGCCGGAGGGGGAGGGCGGCUACAAGGCCGUAUGGUUCGGCAAGGACAUUGGGGCGGACGCUGAUGUGGUAGUCGUCAACGAGCCUACCGAGCCUACCGCAGACAGCGCCUCGGGAAGCGAGGGCAGCGACGACGACGACGACCUUGACCGGAAUAAGAAUCCUCACUUUGGCCACGAAAACACUUACAUCUAGGACGGCACCCCCACUCUCCAACCCAAGCCACUCCCUUUUCCUCUGCUAAUUAAUUAAAGUAGCACUUUCGAA